AUGUCAUCUUAUGUUGAUAAUGGUUCAUCAACCCGACCACCUAUGUUUGAUAAAGAUGAUUUCAGUGGGUGGAAAGGUCGUAUGUCUUUGUUCCUUGAAUCCAUUGACCACAAUAUGCCUGAUAUCUUGACUGAUGGUCCUUAUGUACCUACACAGACUCUUGUUGUAGAUGCAGUGGUAAGGGAUGGUCAUCCAACCAUCCAUGCCACAGUUAAAACCAUUGUCAAAGACAGGGCAGAUUGGGGGGAUGAGGAUAGGAGACUUGCAAACUUGGAUGUGAGGGCACGUAACUUCAUUGUCCAAGCUGUGCCAAAGAACAUUUAUCAUUCUAUUAAAAUGUGUUCUACUGCUAAAAAGAUGUGGGGUACUCUGACUAUCAUGUUUGAAGGUUGCUCUACCUCCAUGGAAUCUACCAUUACCACCUUAACAAGGAGGUAUGAAAGAUUCUUCUCUUUGAGGAACGAGUCCUUAAUAGACACUCAUACCCGUUUUAAUGCUUUGGUUAAUGAUCUAGCUGCUGUUGGUAUUACCAAGAAAAUUGAAGUUUUGAAAAGCAAGGUUUUAGAUUCAUUACCACCAAAGUGGAACAAUUAUAUUUCUUCUGUAAAACUAAGUUUUGUGUAUCAUGAUCUUGAUCUCCCUGGACUUUUUGGUUUACUCCAUAAUCAAGAAUGUUCAGAGGCUAAAAAGCUGAUUGUUAUGGGUGAUUCUUAUAGUCAGCCUCCUACUGCACUUGUUGCAUCCAUGACUAAACACCCUAGUUCAAUAUCCAAUGAGAUCAUUCCCUGUAUCAAUGAAUCGUGUUCUGUGAUUUCUAAAAUUGAAUCUAUUUGUUCUGAAUCUGAAGUUGAAGAAUCUGAUGGUGAUGAGUUAGCCAAUGAAGUGGCUAUGUUGGCUGAUAGGAUAAGAAGGAGAUCCUUUGGAAAGUUUAAAGGUAAAGGUAAAAGUGGACAAGCCGAUAAGACCAAGAAACCAUUUGAUAUGUCCAAAGUCACUUGCUACAAGUGUGGUAAGACUGGACAUAUGGCUGGUGAUUGUACAUCUAAGGAGUCUGUGCAAGCUGGGUCAUCCAAAGGUGGAAGAAAUGAAAAAUACUCCAAGCUCAAGACAAAAUACAAAGCUCUCAAAGCACAAGUUGCUGAGCUGAGUAAGAAUGUUGAGAAAGAUGAGAAGAGUCUGAUAGCCAAAGAUUGGGCUGAAAGUGAUACUUCUUCAGAAGAUGAAGAGUACACAAAUGAGAAGUGUCUUAUGGCCAAAGAGAUGCUGAAGAUCUCACAAGAUUGCAAGAGCAAUCUGAGUCAGCUCACAAAGCUUCAACCAGUCAGACUACUCCACCUGAGGGAUAUCAUGAUGCACAUACCUGGCACUUGGACAGUGGGUGUUCCAAGCAUAUGA